AUGCCGAUUCGGAGUUCAAUAAAUUAUAUCCGCGCGAGAGAUCGAAGUAGCAGAGAGUUCAGAAUCAAAUUCUUCUCUUUGAUUUUCUUUUGUUAUUUUCACGCGUACAUUCCCACUUUCUCCCUUUUGCUUUCUUCUUUCUUUCUUUCGUUUUUUUCCAUCUCACCCCACCCCCCACCUCUUUGCUUUUCCUUGGGUUUCUUCACACGUACUUUCAUCCUUUUUUUUUCUUCUUUUUGUCUUUUUUUGGUUUCUUCACGCGAACCUUCUCACUUUCUCCUUCUUUCUUUUUUCUUUCUUUCUUUCUUUUUUCUUUCUUUCUUUCUUUCAUUCAUUCAUUCUUUCUCUGCUUUGUUUUUCUAUUGCCUUUCUUACGCGCACUUUCUCACUCUCUCUCUCUUUUUCUUUCUUCCAUUCUAUCUUUCACUUGUGCUCUUUUUCUUUCUUUCAUUCUUUCUUUUUUAUUUCUUUCUUUCUUUCUUUCUUUCUUCUCUUUGCUUUUUCUUUGGCUUCUUUAAGCGUACUUUCUCACUUUCUUUUUUUUACUAUUUUUCUUCCAUUCUUUCUUUCGUUCUUUCUUUCUUGCUUUCUUGCUUUCUUUCUUUCUUCUUUUUGCUUUUCUUUUGGUUUCUUUACACGCACUUUCUGUCUUUUUCUUUCUUCAGUUCUUUCUUUCUUGCUUGCUUUCUUUCUUUCUUCCCUUUGCUUUUCUUUUGGCUUCUUCACGCUUUCUUUAUGUGUACUUUCUCACUUUCUCUUCUUUCUUUCUUUCUUUCUUUCUUUCUUUGCUUUUCAUUUGACUCCUUCACGCGUACUUCCUCUCUUAUUCUUUCUUUCUUUUAUUACUCAUUUUUCUCAUUGUUUUUCAUCUGGACUCUUUACACCUGCUCUCUCUCUCUCUCUCUCUCUCUCUCUCUCUCUCUCUCUCUCUCAUUCACACACACACAGAGAAUCUCCCUCUAUUUUAUUUUUCUUCUUCUUCCACUCUUAUUGCUACACCCCCUCCUCCUUCUUUAUCACCUUCUCAUUGUUUUCAUCUCUUUCUUCUACUCCACUCCUCCUUUUCCCUUCACAUCCGCUUUUACCACUCUUACACCUAUCCGUUUGUCUUUCUUCUCCUAUUUUUCGUCUCCUUCGCCCCCAUCGUAUUCAACUCCACACCAAAUCCCCAACCUGACUUCUCAAUCUCUAUUCCACUUCAAUUUCGUUCUCUCCUCCAAACCAGACCCAAUCACGGAUGUGGGCAGGGAAUUAUUCGAGCUAAUCACAGAUGAAAACGCGCCUCCCUUAUCAAAAUUGAUCCUCCAAUGCUCGUUCAACUGCACGGCUUCAGGGUGGCCUCUUCCCUAA